UUGGCGGUAACUUAGUUGCAACAUUCUGUUCAUGAUUUUGAAACUUGACUGGAUGGUAUUUUUACACUUAAGUGAUCGUUCAUUUUCAGAUACUGUGCUAAAUGCGUGCAAUGCUGCAACAAACUAAUCUCUAAAACUGAAGCUAAACUUUUAUAUAUAGUCUUCUUAUGGUCUCAUGUUAACUUGUGACUCCAUUACUCAAGCUGAGCAUCGCAUGCUCACUUUUGAUGAUUGAUUUAUCUACUUCUGCCUCGCUAAACUACAGAGACACACCUGCUGUUUGAAAGACUUGUGAUUGGACAGUCUGUUGGAUCGGAGCUGUCUUUGAAAUUAUUGACCCAAUGAGUUGGGAUUUGGAGCAGAAUAAAUUUUUCAUUUCACUCAAGAAAAAGUUCUCGAGUUGCUACAAAUCUGCGAGGAAAAACAAGUGUACAGUUUGUGUGCCACAGUCCUCGUCUGUUGCCGACAUUAAAUUGAACAGGAAAUUUAUCGAGGCUCACAUUGUAAAACCGUAUCCGCGAUUUCUCAAUGAGUUCGUGUCUGUGCGGAGUGACAAGCAGCUGGUGUUGAGGAUAGAGGAAGGCCUCAUCAGUCCAGUGUCUGGUUACGACUCCACAGACCCAGUGAAAGUGCUACACGAAGAGCUGUGCUACAAUGAGAACGAUGGGUCUUAUUACAUAUUCGUCAUCGACAGACCCUUGGGGACGAAAGCAUCUGAUGGUAACUCUAAUCAUGACUCCAAAGAAAGUAGCGUCGCGUCAUCAGACAACAGCGGGGUGCAUUCUUUUUUCGAUCGAAGCCAAUUGAAGCACAGAAAGUCUAUGCCUAGUAACCUGAUGAGGCCUGAUUUUGAUUACUCGAGUUCAAGCAAGGCCGACGAUGAUGAAACUUCAUCUGAUUUGGGAAAUUUCAAAAAUGCCGAAUGGUACCGUAGACUUCUAACUUCAGACCGUUGUUACAUGAAGUGUCUGGCUGACUUGGAGGAGGAGGUGGACGUAUUCAAUAGUAGCUUUGUCUUUUUGGGAGAGAAAGACGAUCUAAUAAAUGUCUCCAACCAUAUUAGGGUCAUUUACGACAGAAGCACACAGGAUUUUUUCCAUGCCAAGUACUUGAGCACAGAGGAGGAAGAAACAGAUCUGUGCGUGGCAAUUGAAAGCUGCAUAGUUGAGGGCAUUUCGGCACAGCUGUUGCGAUGCAUCAAUGACCAAUUCAGACAAGACAUGAACAGACUAGCCCAGCUGUGUGGUCCAUUCUCACUUCUGGAGAGCACAGCACUUCAUAUUGAUCCACAGUUUGACUGCUCUCUGCAGCAAUCGGUCGAAUGUCUCGGGCGCAUUCGGCAUUCUGUGACUCCCAACGAUCUGCUUCACACUUUCCAAGAAACUCUUCAGGCUAUCUCAGUGGAUGUUAGGAACCACGCUUUGAAACGCGACCCUUUCGGCACCACAGCAGCGCCGAAUGUUUCGGCGGACGAACUGGUACCAUUAGUAGCUAAAACAGUAGCAUUAACCGAUUUGUUUGAACUUGAAAAAUAUCUACAACUUGUGCAGUAUUUCCGAUUCGCCUCAACGUCUGAAGAAGGCGAACUGAGCUAUGCUUUGACUACUUUUGUUGCUGCGAAGCAAUUGAUUUUUGAAUUGUUCCCAAAUUUUCCGUUCAACUCGACAGACAACUUUGAAAUUCGUGAUCCAAAGCCGCCUAAAGUUACAUCACGAAAAUUCAAACGGCACUCAUUGCAUUUUCCGAAUUUACCGAACCCUAAAGAAAUUUCAAAAGAGUCAACAAUUGAUUCUCCGAGAAACUCUUCGUUAUUUUCCAUCGUAGAGCGAGAUCCAAAAGCCGAAGACAAGUCACUUCAAUUAUACGAACCACCUAGGGUUAAUGCUCAACCGAGUUGCAGGAGACCGAAGUCGGUUCUACUCAUGCCUGACGCAAUUGAAAUCCCAGAAUUCACUUUACUGUCUCAGAGAGGAAGGGGCAAAGGCAUUGCAAAACAGUAUACUCAUACAGGUGUAGUAGGCACAACUGGAAGAUCGGAAAAGGGAUGUUGUCCCAGAGAAAGAGCAGAUACUACCAAAGCUAGUCAUACAAACGUAAUGUUUGAGCAACUGCACAAUGACCCGCUAUUUAUAUCAUCUUUGGACUGAAAUGCAUUCUCUCUCGGUCAUUUUUUUUUAAAUCUGACUGCUUUUAUUUAAUAUUAGAUCUUUACUUUUUGCGUUAGAUUAAAUUAAU